CGGACAUCUGAAGGAUUAAGUUUAGUUUUCUAAGUACAAGAAGUUUAAAGUGAACAUAAAGCAAAAUAAAACUUAGAAAAUUUAAUUCUAGCUGAAGCUAAAAAAAAGUCAAAUUAUUAAGUUUUGUUAAAAUUUUUUUCAACAAUUUAAAGUUUAUUUUUAAAGAAAAGAAUUUGCAAUGCCGCCAAACAACUUUUUGGUACCUGCGUCAACGGCAAAGUCAACUGAUGAUGGUGGAAGCUCGAAUGAUGAGCAAACGCAUGAAGUCAACACACGCUUACUAAAUAGAAAAAGCAAAAAUGUUUUGAAUGCUAAUGAGAAGAUGAAGCGAUUGGAAGUGAUCGAAAAAGUUCAGCAAGUUGAAGUUGUUGAAGAGACAAAGGUAGAGGAAGUUGAGGAAGAAUUUAAAGUCGAGUAUGUCUGGGUCAAUAUUAUUGGAUUUAUUGUAUUGCAUUAUUGGUGCUUUCGCGGAAUUCUAGAGAUUGGAUUUAAUACAAUAACAUUAUUUCAUUACUCAUUUGGAAUCAUCAGCGGUUUCGGAAUUACAGCUGGUGCACAUCGACUAUGGGCUCAUGGUGCCUUCAAAGCUAAUAUCCCAUUAAAAAUCCUCCUUGCAUUCUGUCAGACAGUCGCAUUCCAAAACAGCAUCUACGAGUGGUCAAGAGAUCAUCGAUCACAUCAUAAAUUUACAGACACAAAUGCAGAUCCACACAGUGCAUCGAGAGGAUUCUUCUUUGCUCACAUGGGAUGGCUGAUGUGCAAGAAGCAUCCUGAUGUUAUUAAGUUCGGACGAAAGAUUGACAUGAGUGACUUGGAACGUGAUCCAGUCUGUGCAUUUCAGAAGAAGUACUACUGGGUGCUGAUGCCAAUUUGCAACUUAGUCAUUCCAAUUUCACUUUCAAUGUACAUCUUUGGCACUACUUUUGCAGUGUCAUUCUACCUUAAUGCAUGGCGAUAUGUUUUAGCGCUUCAUUGUACGUGGCUGGUGAAUUCAUAUGCUCAUUUUUAUGGCACUAAACCGUUUGACAAAAACAUCAAGCCAACUGAUUCUUACACUGUGGCAUUGCUCGCUUUUGGCGAAGGAUGGCACAACUAUCAUCACGUGUUUCCAUAUGAUUACAAAACAUCUGAUCAUAACAAAUAUUGGUGCAAUUUUACUACAGCAUUGCUUGAUUUCAUGGCCUGGAUCGGUUGGGCCACUGAUCUUAAAAUGAUUGAUCCAAAUUUAGUCAGUAAACGUGCACUCCGCACAGGUGAUGGAAGUCACAUAAGCAGUAGAAUCUACCUCAACAAUAAUUAUGAAGAUUGUAGGACAUAUGAGACAGUCGAGCAUAUAUGGGGUUGGCAGGAUGAGAAAGUUUGUGACGAGGAGAAGCAAGUUGUGAAAAUCAUCAACAGUACAGAGUCUAGUCUAUAAAAUUUUUGUAGAAAUAUCUUUAAAUAAUCACAAAAAACUUAACUUAAUUAUUAUUAUCAAUCAUCAUUGUAAGAUAUCAAGGGAAAUAACUUAACUUGAGGGAGAACCAAUGGAAUAUUUAAUAUCAGUAUCUGAAGAAUACGUUAAAGUAUCAUAUUUAAUUAAUUACUUAAUCUGAUGAUUAUGAUGGAUCUUAAUUGGAUAAUAUAGAAAUUAAACUGGUGAAUAAGUUAAAUUUAAGAUGUUAUGAAAUAUAAGAAUAUUAUUUAAAAGAA